UUGCAUUCAAAGGGCGGAUUUGCAGAGGUAGGUAGCGAUGGCGUCGUAGGUGGGUUCAGCUUGGCGUCGUACAUAGGUGGGUUCAACUGCGAGAGGGAGAGAGAGAGAGAGCGGGGUUUGAUUGUCCGAUCAAGCGGAGGGGGUGGAUUUGCCAGAGUAGACUGUGAUUGAUUUUGUCUGCUGGUUUUUUUGGGGCUGGAGUGAGAAGAAGAAAGAGUAAAGUUAGAGAGAGAGAGAGAGAGAGGGGGGGAGAAGGGGUUUGCUGGUUUUGAGACGUUGUCGCUGGUUUGGCCUUUUUUUGUUUUUUUUUGCUGUUGUUUGCUUUUUCUCAAAGAAAUAAUAUUUUAAUGGGACAGUUUUAAUAUGAAAAAUGAUUUUGUCACUUCUUUUUUUUUUUUGUUAACAUUACUUUCUUGCAAAUGUAUUUUUGGUGCAAAUAUAUACUUACAGGAGAGUGACGUUAACAAAAAAUGGUGUGGUAAAAUCGGCAGCUUUUAAUAUAGAAAAUUUAGUAGACAUUUUAAAAACAAGUAGUUAAAGUAAUAAAGUGACUUUUUGAGGUGUAAAUUGAUCCAAAAUAUGGAGAGAUUUAUGCUGAUGCUCUACAGUCUAUAUACUAUAGGGUUCGGUUUAAGUAGUUUUUUAACCCUUUCUAAGCUCAUAUUGAUAAUCGAGAUUGUUGGUUUAUUAAAAUUCAUUAAGAAUACUAAUUAAGUAAAAAUUUAUGUUAAUCAAAUAUUAUUUGAUAUGAUUUCAAAAUCCAAUAAUCUUCAAAUAAAUAGGAUAGAGGGCUUUCAAUCCAGUGUUCCAAUUCUUUUGUUUUCAAGGUAAUAUAUGUUUUGAAAUCAUAUUUAAUAAUGAUAUCAAAUGAACUUAAUUUCCUUCCAGGGCACACCUUGUUUGGAUCCUUUCUAGUUUGUACUGUUUGGUUAUGAAUAUAAAUUUACGUUUCCUAAAAAAAAAAAAUUUCCAAUCAAAUCUCGACAUGAGAGAAUCUAAUUCCCAACCUUUCCCAAAAUAUGGAUGCCUUCGUCACCUUCUGGCUUCUCUAAAAUUUUCUUUGCCCAUUCCAACAUAAGGAAAUUUCCACGCAAUUGCUUACGUAAUUCCUUCUAGUGGUUCUCAUCAAUCACGUCAGACCACUUUAGCCUCCUGAGAGGGACAAACAGACAACUGGAGGAAACUUCGCGUACACAGCCAGACAACAAAGGCAAUUUUAGUACGAGUCGAAAAACCCAUGUCGUCUUACGCCGCCGUGACUCAGCCGUUCGACGACGACGGUGGCAGCAGCAGCAGCUACGCCGACUCGCGCAGGUUCGACUCGUUCUCCAACUUCGCCGACGGUGAGUCCGCUGCGGAUGACGGGUUCUCGCCGGAAAGGAACGGUGACGGUGGGUUUGUGGGGUCGAACGGGCCAAUUCUGCCGCCGCCGGCGGAGAUGGAGUCGGAGGAGGGGUUUGCACUCAAGGAGUGGCGCAGACUGAAUGCAAUUCGAUUGGAGGAGAAGGAGAAGAGGGAGAAAGAACUGUUAAGAGAAAUAAUCGAGCAAGCUGAAGAGUACAAAACUGAGUUCUACAGGAGGCGGAAGCUUGCAUGUGAGAACAACAAAGUUGCCAACAGGGAAAAGGAGAAGCUGUUUUUGGAAAAACAAGAGACGUUCCAUGGAGAAGCUAACAAGAGUUACUGGAAAGCAAUUGCAGAGCUCAUCCCCAACGAAGUACCAACAAUAGAGAAGAGAGGAAAAAAGGAGAAAGCAAAGCAGCCUUCCAUUGCUGUGAUCCAGGGCCCGAAACCAGGCAAGCCAACGGAUCUUUCAAGGAUGCGCCAUAUACUCGUGAAGCUCAAGCAUAAUCCACCACCCCAUAUGAAUCCGCCACCACCACCACCUUCAUCAGAAACCGAAAAAGAUGGGAAAGCGGGGCCGUCACCUCCGGUUGCAGCCAACAAUUCUCAGCAGACCGCUGUUGUAGCUCCCAAGGGUUUAGUUGUUGCUUGAGAAAGGGAGAGUAGUUGCAUGCUGUAUAUGAUUCUCUUUGUGAAAAGCUAUUAACCUGAAGUAUGUUGUUGAGUUUGUACUAUAGAUGACUUGAAAAUGUAAGUGGCUUGUUAGUUUGAGAGAGAGAUAGGGCAUUUUUCUUUUGUGCAAAAGCUUGAGUCAACCCUAUUGUACUGUAAAUUGUUUGCUAUGUUUCAUUACCUCUCUCCUCGCAAUAUUUCUGUUAGGUUUAUUAUUGGAUCAUCCUUUAGUUUGAAUGUAAUUAUUUGCAGAGGAUCCAAA